GUGACUGGCCGUUUCGACUUCGCCAAGAUAGCAGACAUGGACAUCACAUUAGCCGUUGCAUAUCGAAUUUCUAAAUUUCCCAGGACGUGAAAAAAAAGGCAAAAAAACAAAGGACAGUCCUUCCAAAACAGCCCAUUCCUUUGCAUAGAGGUACAAGAUGAUUAUAAUCGAGCGUAAUGUUGACAAGGUCGCCUUCUUCGGUGUCGCCCUGAUCCUGUUAUCAACAGCGUUGUUCAUCGCGUCGUCUGCCGCGGAAGUUUUGAGCGCCGACGCUCGCUCGAAUUUUGCGUCGCCGCCCGACUCCGCCGCUGUCGACGAAGAGGACACCUUCGACCACGACCACUUCGAGGAUCCGAAAAAGAUGCGAGUCAUCUUGGGCGACACUUCGGGAUGGGUCAACCCACAUGACAAGAUGGGUUCACCUCAACGACGACAACAAGCCAAGCAACAGUUCCUGAACAGGCAGAGGCAGCGCCAGAAGCAGCUGGCCGAUCCGUCGUUGCCCGAGUCCGACCCUAUCUCCGAAGACACCGCGUCCUCCGAAACCCGGGCCAAGCUCUACAGCCAGCUCCGGGCUCGAUCUGCGGCUAAUGGCCGCACCUUCAGCCGCCUUCCGACCCGACUAGACGACGAUGACGACGACUCCGGCGUAAAAGAAGAACCCGUUGCGGAAGAGGCAGCGGCGCCAACGGCCGCGACAGCGUUCAAGUCGUGCGACUGCGACUGCAAGGCCCUGAAGAGGGACUUCAAGCGCUGCGAUGAGCAGGUGCGGGUGCUGAGGCUGAACCAGGUGGUGGCAGACGGUGGGGCCGCGCGCGGCCGGGAGUUCAUCUACCUCCGCAGGCUGGCGCUGAACGUGGUGUACAGCGCGCGCUACGGACGUGGCGACAUGACGUCCAACGUGAAGCUGGAGAUACUGCUCUCUCCUGAAGACGUGGCCAGCUUGGAGGAGCUUGCCCAGCAGACAGAGACGCAAUCGGCGCAGCUGGAGCAGCAGCUGUCGGCCAUGCUGGCCAGUUCCACCGUGACCCCCUUUGACCUGCCGGCCGGCUCGGUCGUCGACACCCUCCUGGGGCGCCUGGCACAGCGCUGGGCCACGCUGGUGGGACCCGCCCAGCCGGCCUGGGCCAUCCCGGGACUGGCCGCACUGGCCGUCCUGGCCGUGGUCGGGCUGCGCGGCGCGCCUUGGAAGGCCUGGGUCGGGGCCUCUCUCCUCUAUUUCUUCCUCCUCAGCUUUGUCUGGCACUGGGUGUACUCCCUGCAGUUGGAAACGGCCCGGCGUGACGCAUUCGUAUCCCGCAACAUAGUCCCGCCUGAGGAGUGCAGUCCGGGCUACAGCCCGGGGUGGCUGCGCAGGCUGACGUCCGACGACCAGGUCGUCUGCGACAGGUACUACGAGAAGCUACAAGUCGACCCGGUCUGGCAGGUGAACCCACUAAUAGUGGCAUCGGACGUACUCUCAAGGGCCUUCUUCCACCCCCUCACCUUCCUCGGAGACUACGUCGGUCGCUUUGCGCAAGACUUCGCCAAACACCAGACCUUCUGGAGCAUCUUCAACAACCUCUUGUCGCUCUUGAUUCUGGUUGUGCUUGGUGGGGUCAUCUUCAUGUUCUUCUUCAAGGUGGGCAUCUUCCUCUGGGUGAACUACCACGGUGGGCACAGGGGGCCACCUACGCACCGAUCCCGCGUGGAGGACAUUCCUGAACGGGAGCUCGGCCACGUGACGGAGGGCUCGAAACGUCGCGACGAACGCCUGGUCUUGGACCGUGACCGGACCAAACUGGAUCCACACUUUGACGAUCAUCCGGUCCCGGAUCAGGGUCGGAUCAAGCCAGAUUCUCGUGACCGUUCGAUCCCGGAUCGAGAUCCGGAUUGCGACAAGGAGGGACAACGCUUCGAAGACGCAAAAACAGACGAGCCAACGGCGACCGAUGGUAGCGGCGAUGCGCGACCGGAUGACACUUCGUUUUCAGAGGCGGAGCAGACGUGAUUGUUUUUGCAUCUUGCAUGUGUGCAGAGAGUGAUCAUCCAUGCCCCUUUUCCCAAAGUCUUUCAACGCUAGUGUGGGACAAUGUUUCAGCAGACACCUGGUGAGAUUAUCGCAAUCCGACCAACAUGGCACCAUGCGAGGCUUGGUUGGAUUUAACCGUUCAUGCGAACAGGCUCAAAGGGAAGAAUAGUCAGCCUUUUUCACCGACGGGCACUGGCGAUAUCAGUCCAUAACGUUCAAGGAACGGUUGACUCCGUGUAAUGCUCGUCUGGGUAUAACAUUGUUACUGCAGUAACAUUGCCCGUUCCGGUUUUCACGCACUGGUUUGAGUUCUGCGAUUUCUAUAGUCUUUUUUGGUUUGUUUUUGUUUUAAUUUUCUUAUAGGAGUGUAUAGGAAUGAUUUUUAAUAGAACUUGUCGGCCGAAUAGAAACAGUUGCCUUUUUGUGUUGCUGGA